GAGUUGCGGGCAAACUUCAACCUCCAAAAAGAGCGUCUAGACGACGAUGCAGUGGUGGAAGACAAGGUGCUGUUUGCCCUCCUCGUCUUCUCAAUCGCCGCGCUGGUUUUACGGACUGUGGUGAUGGGUAUUUCCAACUGGCAGGUUGCUUUUGAUCCGCCAGGUGAGAACCACGCCACAGCACCCAGGCGUGAGCUGUUUGUGCCCGCGCUUGGUAACGUCGCAGUCAAAAUCGCAGGGGCCGCCUCACAUGGAUUGUUGGCAAUCAGAUGGCUCUUGGCCGGCGAGCCAGCGAACCUGCCUUUGAUUGCUUGUUUUCUGUUAGUUGCCAGCAACACCCAGCUCCUGACCUCCACGUCUUUGAUUUCACACAUGAAGGCAAUCCUCAUAAGUGUGGCUUUG